CCACCACCAUUUUUGCCAGCUCGUUUUAUGAAAGUCAUCUCAGUCGAAUAACAGCUAGAUUUGCUUUGUGCACAAAAACUUAAAAUUUCUGGAAAAUUGUUGAUUGUUUUCGGUAAAUUUAGUGAACGCAGACAAACGUCGAAAAAAGGAUGAAGUUGAACAUCACUUCCGCCGCCGGCAUAAUUUGCCUGCUGGACGAACCCAUCCAGGAGUUGAAGGUUUUCGCCUUGCAAAAGUUGGACACCAUCGUGGACGAGUUUUGGCCGGAAAUUUCCGAAGCCGUCGAGAAGAUUGAAAUUCUACACGAGGACAAGGGCUUCGUGCAGCACGAUUUGGCCGCCUUGGUCGCAUCCAAGGUCUACUACCAUUUGGGAUCGUUUGAGGACUCGCUUACCUAUGCCUUGGGCGCGGGGGAUCUUUUCGAUGUGAAUGCCCGAAACGAGUACGUGGACACGAUCAUUGCCAAGUGCAUCGACCACUACACGCAGCUAAGGGUCCAGCUGGCGGAGAACCCCAGUAAGGCCAAGCCGAUCGAUGCCCGUUUGGAGGCGAUUGUCAACCGGAUGAUUCAGCGCUGCCUGGACGAUGGACAGUAUCGGCAGGCGUUGGGAAUUGCGCUGGAGACGAGGAGGAUGGACGUGGUCGAGUCGUCGAUCAUGAAGGCGGAUGAUAUCCCCGGGAUGUUGGCUUAUGCGUUUCAGGUCACGAUGAGCCUCAUCCAGAACCGUGCCUUCCGCAACACCGUUCUGCGCUGCCUGGUCGGAUUGUACCGCAAUCUGGGCGUUCCGGAUUACGUCAACAUGUGCCAGUGCUUGAUCUUCCUGGAGGAUCCGCUGGCGGUGGCUGAACUGCUGGACAACCUGACCAAGGGAGGAGAGCACUCCGUGCUAAUGGCGUACCAGAUUGCGUUCGAUUUGUACGAAUCGGCAACUCAGCAGUUCUUGGGACAGGUUCUGCAGGCUCUGAAAGCCACUGCACCGAUUCCAUCGGCACUGAUUUCGAACUUGAAGCCACAGGGAACCAAUGCUCCGGCGGCGCCGGAAGUCAAGCAGGAACCGAAGGAAUCUGAAGACGGAGACACCAAGGUGGAGCGUACCGUGGAGAGUUUAAACGAGAGCGAAAAAACUCACCAGUCGAACAUCGAAAAGUUGGCUGGCAUUCUGUCUGGGGAAGUGACGAUCGAUUUGCAGUUGCAGUUCUUGAUCAGGAGCAAUCAUGCGGAUUUGCAAAUAUUGCGUGCGACUAAGGAAGCAGUUCGGGUGUCAAUUUGUCACACUGCUACGGUCAUUGCCAAUGCGUUCAUGCAUAGUGGCACAACCAGUGAUCAGUUCUUGCGGGACAAUUUGGAGUGGCUUGCAAGGGCCACGAAUUGGGCGAAGUUGACGGCAACGGCUUCGCUGGGGGUCAUUCACCGUGGUCAUGAAACUGAGUCAUUGGCGCUGAUGCAAAGCUACUUGCCGAAGGAGAGUGGACCAAGCUCGGGAUACUCCGAGGGAGGUGGCCUGUAUGCUCUGGGGUUGAUCCAUGCCAAUCAUGGGGCGAACAUCAUCGACUAUCUGCUGCAACAGCUGAAGGAUGCUCAGAACGAGAACGUUCGCCACGGAGGUUGCCUGGGGCUGGGGCUGGCCGCCAUGGGAACUCACCGUCAGGAUGUGUACGAGCAGUUGAAGUUCAACCUGUAUCAAGACGAUGCCGUCACGGGUGAAGCUGCUGGCAUUGCUAUGGGAAUGGUGAUGCUCGGCUCCAAGCAUGCGCCGGCCAUCGAAGAUAUGGUGGCCUAUGCUCAGGAAACUCAACACGAGAAGAUCCUUCGCGGUUUGGCGGUUGGAAUUUCUUUGACCAUGUACGCUCGCUUGGAGGAAGCUGAUUCUUUGGUUACUAGUUUGUCCAACGAUAAGGACCCGGUUCUCCGCCGUAGCGGCAUGUAUACCGUUGCCAUGGCCUAUUGCGGAACCGGAAACAAUCAAGCUAUUCGCAAACUGUUGCAUGUGGCCGUUAGCGAUGUGAACGACGAUGUGCGUCGAGCUGCCGUCACGGCUAUUGGAUUCAUUCUCUUCCGCACCCCGGAACAAUGUCCAUCGGUUGUUUCGCUGUUGGCCGAAUCUUACAACCCGCAUGUCCGAUAUGGUGCUGCCAUGGCCCUUGGUAUUGCCUGCGCUGGCACGGGACUUCGCGAAGCCAUUGCCCUUCUGGAACCGAUGGCCAAGUUCGAUCCGGUCAACUUUGUCCGCCAGGGAGCUCUCAUCGCUUCGGCUAUGAUCCUCAUCCAACAAACGGAUCAAACUUGCCCGAAGGUCACCUUCUUCCGUCAGCUGUACACCCAGGUCAUCACCAACAAACACGAAGAUGUCAUGGCCAAGUACGGAGCUAUCUUGGCCCAGGGUAUCAUCGAUGCUGGUGGUCGCAAUGUGACCGUUAGCUUGCAGUCCCGUACCGGACACACCAACCUACAAGCCGUCGUUGGAAUGCUCGUCUUCACCCAGUAUUGGUACUGGUUCCCCUUGGCUCACUGUCUCUCCCUAGCAUUUACCCCAACCUGCUUGAUUGCCCUGAAUUCCGACCUCAAGAUGCCCAAGAUCGAUUUGAAGUCAGCCGCCCGUCCCUCACUCUACGCUUACCCAGCUCCCCUAGAAGAAAAGAAACGCGAGGAACGUGACAAGGUCGCCACUGCAGUCCUGUCCUUGGCUGCGCGUGCCAAGCGUCGCACCGGAGACAAGAAAAAGGACAGCAACAAGGAUGCCGAAACCAAGAUGGAAGUCGACGAGGCGGCCCCCGCCAAGGAUGAUCUAUCGGCCACGGUUAAAGCCAAGGAAGAGGCCAAGACCACCCCUGUCAAGGAAGACAAAAAGGAAAAGAAGGAAAAGCCCAAGGACAAGGAGGGUUCAACAUCAACUACACCCGCAGCUACCGGUGAGGAAGCUACAGCGGCCGCUGCUAAAACCCCGAAAGAACCGGAGCCCAGUUUCGAAAUCCUGCACAACCCGGCCCGUGUCAUGCGCCAGCAGCUGAAGGUGGUCAGCAUUGCGGAGGGAACGGCCUACACUCCGCUGAAGGACGUCACUAUCGGCGGUAUCAUCAUGAUGCAGCACAACGCGUCCGGGGAGCAGGUUUUGGUCGAACGUGUCACCGCCUGCGGGCCGAAGAAUGACGACCUGAAGGAACCGGAAGCUCCCGAGCCGUUUGAGUAUAUUGAAGAUUGAGUGGAAUGAGUUCCUGCUUUUCGCGUUGAAAUAUAUCUAUCUAUAUUGUGCUGCGUUUGAUGUUCUAACUGUACUAGUUUCAUAACGAAUAAAGCUUCGAUGCCCAUAGA